UGUGGCCACCACCCCUAGGCUCUCCGAGAGGCUGAGCUGCGCGUCCCGGAGAGGAUUAGCAUCCAGGGAAGCAGGGAGGCCCCUUAUGCAAGGAGGUGGCUGCCUGCACGCGUAGCCGGGCCACAGGCUGGGACCCUCCUGAUGUCAGAAGGGAGUGGCCACAGGCAGUCUCGGCGUCAGCAUGAAUUCCAGGCUCCUGUCGGCCAGGGACUGGCUCAGCACCCGCCCGCCCACCUCUGAGCCUAACCUGGAGCCCGCCACGGACGGGCCCGCCUCCGAGCCCACCGCCCUCGGCCCAGAAGCCACCAGCUUUAACGACACCAGGGUGCCUGGUGUGGGCAGCGGCGCAGCCGGCGUGGGCACGAUGCUCCUGUCCUUUGGGAUCAUCACGGUGAUCGGCCUGGCCGUGGCCAUGGUCCUGUACAUCAGGAAGAAGAAGAGGCUGGAGAAGCUACGCCACCAGCUCAUGCCCAUGUACAACUUCGACCCCACGGAGGAGCAAGAUGAGCUGGAGCAGGAGCUGCUGGAGCACGGCCGGGACGCCGCCUCCGCGCAGGCCCCGCAGGGCAAGACCACCCUCCCGGCCCAGGGCCCGGUGCAGAGGCCCAGCAGGCUGGUCUUCACCGACGUAGCCAACGCCAUCCACGCGUGAGCGACCCGGGGACGGGCCUGGACCUGCUGCCACCGGCCUCAGCACCCACAGAGCUGCCUGCGCUCGGACCUGCCCGCCGAGGGCCCAGCCGCGAGGCCCCACCUGCUGACUCCAGGCUGGGCACCUGGCCUCCGCCAUCCCCUGAUGGGAGGCCCAGCGCCCUCUGUCAGGAAGGCCGAGAGCCACUGCCGGCUCCUGUGUUUUGCCCAGACCCCUCACACCCGGUCUGCUGCUCUCCGUGGAGGAAGUGGGGAGACGGGGAGAGGAGGGGAGAAGGGAGGGGAGAGGUGACCGCCCCGGUGUGGGGACAGUGUGGUGGCACCCAGGGACGGAGCUGACACUGCCCCACGGGCGAGGGAGCCAGGAGGGCCGCUCCCGCCCACAGUAGGUCCCCGUCGCAGAGCCUCCAGGAGUCUCCCCGCC